ACCGCUUUACCCCGAGAUACCCAGAACCAAAUUUAUCUCAGCGACCGACUUUGAGUGGCAAAAAGCUCAAUGUGAGUGAAGGUCCCUCAUAGAGGCAGCCGGAAGUGUCCAAUCUUUAUUCAGGAUGGACGUAAUGUCAGUGCCCGGCGGGGAGAGCGCGUCGUUGAAGGAUCCGGUGGUCGAAGUGGAAGCCGUUGAUAUGGCAGCCAUGGAGACGGAAGGGACGAUCAAGGCCGAAGAUACGGCUGCCGUGGUGGGCGAGGUUUCCCAUUCUGAGUACGAGACUGACAGCGAUGGCUCUGGAGAGGAGUGGGAAACUCAGUCCCUGUGCGAAGAUGCCAUUCAAGUACUGAAGGAUGAGCAACUUCGCGAUGGCGUGCCGGGUGCUUGCACUCUGGAAGAAGCCAUUGCUUAUCGCGAACGACUGCAUGAAAUCGGAAAAGCUGCAUUCGUUGAGGAAACGAUCGCUCGCGAUACAGUCACCGCGAAGAAGUUAUGCACUGCGUUUGGAAUCAUGCCUCCAGCUUUCCUGGAAGGGGCCCCUGACGAAGCGUAUCACCCUCUUCUUGCGAUCGGGAUUUCGCGCGAAUUCUCGAGGCGGCCGAAACUUCCUCAAUACAAUACAAUUGACGAUGCCGUCCGGUUGCUCAACGAAUCCAAGAAUAUCAUUGUGUUGACUGGCGCAGGUAUCUCCACGAGUCUUGGAAUCCCCGAUUUUCGCUCGAAAGAUACCGGACUCUAUUCUCAGUUAGAACACCUGGGACUAAGUGACCCUCAGGAAGUAUUUGAUAUUCAUGUGUUCCGUGAGGAUCCAAAUAUUUUCUUCUCAAUCGCGAAGGAUAUAUUGCCUACGGAGAAGAAAUUCUCGCCCACUCAUGCCUUCAUCAAGCUCCUGCAGGAUCAAGGGAAGCUGUUGACCAAUUAUACUCAAAACAUCGACAACAUUGAGGCCAACGCAGGUAUUAUGCCGGAGAAAAUCCUGCAAUGUCACGGCUCUUUUGCGACGGCUACGUGCGUCAAGUGUCAUCACAAAGUGAAAGGCGAAGAGAUUUUGAACGACAUCAAGAAAGGUAUUGUUCCCGAAUGCAUGGCUUGCAAAGAGAGGCUCGAGGACGAUUCUUUGAAGCCGCAGGGGCUCAAACGUAAACGGAUGUCCAACGGAACGCAAAAGAGCAGGAAGAAGGACGGCGAGGACAGUUCGGAGGAAGAAGAUUACGAGAUUCCCACUCCUGGCGUUAUGAAGCCUGACAUUACAUUCUUUGGCGAGGACUUGCCCGACGAAUUCGGCCGUCGUCUGCUUCAUCACGACCGCGACAAGGUGGACUUGGUCAUCGUGAUUGGUACAUCGUUGAAAGUAGCACCUGUGGCUGAAGUGCCGGGUGUUCUCCCGCGCCAUGUCCCUCAGAUCUACAUUUCUCGCACUCCGGUGACGCAUACGUGCUUCGAUAUUGACCUCUUGGGUGAUUGCGAUGUGGUAGUUUCCGAGCUGUCUCGCCGGGCCGGUUGGGACUUGAAACAUGACAUGAUACCCCCGAUGAGAAGGUUGAGAUUACUCGGGUUGAAGGAUAUGAUUCACGAUAUGGCUGGCGCGGGUCUGUGGGUUUAUUCUAAUAUUCACAUCUUGCAGUAUCAUCUAUCAGAGGUUGUACUAGGUUAUACUGAAGGUCAACUUCAUGUGGUCUAUCCAGAAGCAAAGGCCACAUCUUGGCGUGGUGGCAUCACAAUGGAAUACUUGAUCCGCUUCGCUCAAGUGCACGAAAGUUUUCGACGGCCGGAGAUCCAAGCACUGGCAGCUCUGGCUGGAAUCGACCUUGAGAUUAUUUGUUAUAAUGAAUUUUCACCGUAUUGCAUUGUGAAGUUGGCAAAUGAGGAAGCUGCACGCAGACUUAUUGCUCGUAGCAUCCUAGCGAAGGAUAUCUUCGAGCUCUGGGCUCAAGGCACUACCUAUGAAGAAGUCCAUAGCGACGUCCGCAGGCGGACCCAGCAUCGCUGGAACGACUACAAGGAGGUAUCAUUCCGUUUCACCAUCGAGAGCUUUGCUGGAAAGCGAAGUAAUGAAGAGAAAAGAGACAUUAUCCAGUCAUUCGCCUAUCUUGACUUCCAGGGUCCCAUUCGGAUGAAGAACCCAGAUGAGGAUUUCUGGGUGCUAGAGGAGUACAUCCCAGACGUUGCAAUCUCAAAGACGACGACGCCAUUAAGUACAGCAGUGCCGGCUGAAUUACAAACUCCGCAGAAGAUCUAUUUCGGACGCUGGGUUGCUAAUAGUAGCCGGGAGGUCGUCAACAAGUACGACCUUAAGAAGCGUCGGUAUAUCAGCACCACAUCGAUGGACGCUGAAUUGAGCCUAGUAACGGCUAAUAUGGCUCAUGCAGCGCCGGGGAAGCUGUUCUUUGAUCCGUUUGUGGGCACAGGAAGCUUCUGCGUUGCUGCUGCGCACUUUGGCGCCCUGACUCUCGGCUCAGACAUUGACGGACGCAGCUUUCGCGGCAAAGAGAUGGGGAAGGGUAAACCGAUGGGAGUACUGUCGAAUUUCCAGCAAUACGGCACUGAAAGCAAAUUCGUGGACGUCUUCACUUCCGAUCUGACAAAUACGCCUCUCCGCUCCAGUCAGUUCUUAGAUGGCGUCAUUUGUGAUCCUCCUUACGGUGUCCGUGAAGGGCUUCGAGUUUUGGGAACUCGCGAUGGGCGUGGGAAGGAAGAGGUCUUGAUCGAUGGGGUUCCAGCUCAUCUACGGCCGGAUUACAUUGCGCCGAAGAAACCUUACGGAUUUGAGGCCAUGCAGAAUGACAUUCUCAACUUCGCCUCGAGGACCUUAGUUACAAAUGGUCGGCUAGCUAUGUGGAUGCCCACAUCCAGCGACGAGGAAGGAGAAUUGGCCAUCCCGAUGCAUCCAAACUUGGAGGUUGUGUGUGUCUCUGUACAGCCGUUCAACAACUGGUCACGACGCCUCAUCACUUACCGCAGACUCCCGGAAGGAGAGACAUCAGACAUCUCUGUGGGACGAAGAAAAGCUGAUGCAGAAGGGAUGUAUGCUGAUGAGCUUAAUGCGUUCAGGAGAAAGUAUUUCAUGAAGAAUCCCAUCUCAAAGUCUAAAUCCGGCACAGAAAGCGAUGUAUCUCGAUGAAAUAAAAAGCUUACUUAGAAAUACGAACGCAUCCCAC